GUUAAUGAUUAUCACUGUGUUUGUAGAUGACAUCGGCAAAGAAAAGUAUUUAGGUUCUCCAACUUUUGACUUUGCAACAGCUCAUCCCAGCCAGUCACCAUGAGCAAGCUGACUGCACUCGCAGGUCUCUGUCUGUCCCUUGGCAGUUUGGUCUCGGCCUCCAGACUGGUGUGUUAUUUCACCAACUGGUCCCAGUACAGACCCGGCAACGGGAAGUUCGUGCCUUCAAAUAUUGAUCCAAACCUGUGCACCCACCUGAUCUAUGCCUUCUCUGGAAUCAAUGAGGCAAAUGAGUUGGUCUCCAUAGAAUGGAAUGAUGAGGAACUCUACAAAUCAUUUAAUGGACUCAAACAGCGGAAUCCAAAUCUUAAAACACUGUUGGCAGUUGGAGGCUGGAGCUUCGGAUCACCAAAAUUUACCACGAUGGUGUCAACACAAGCAAACAGAAAUACAUUCAUCCAGUCUUCCAUCAAACUGCUGAGAAAACAUGGUUUUGAUGGAUUAGACCUGGACUGGGAAUAUCCCGCUGCAAGAGGAAGUCCUCUAGAGGACCGGCAGAGAUUCACGGUGUUGUGCAAGGAACUCCUCGAGGCCUACGAGGCCGAGGGAACUGCGACGGGCAAACCCAGAUUAAUCAUCUCUGCGGCUGUGGCUGCUGGGAAAGGAACCAUUGAUGCUGCUUAUGAAAUUGCAGAGAUGGCGAAGUACCUGGAUUUUAUCAAUGUGAUGACGUAUGAUUUCCACGGCACCUGGGAGAGUGUGACCGGACACAACAGCCCGUUAUUCAAAGGAUCCCAUGACACCGGCGACCAAGUUUACUUUAAUACUGACUUUUCCAUGAGGUACUGGCGGGACAAGGGAACACCUGCGGAAAAGCUAAAUAUGGGAUUUGCCACAUAUGGACGAACUUUUCGACUGUCCACGCAGGCCAGCGGGGUCGGAGCACCAGCCAGUGGUCCCGCAGCGGCUGGAGUCUUUACCAGGGAGGCCGGCUUCUGGUCCUAUUACGAGAUUUGCACUUUUCUUCAAGGGGCCAGUGUCGAGUUGAUCCAGGACCAGAAAGUUCCCUAUGCCGUCAAAAACAGCGAGUGGGUCGGAUAUGACAACAAAGAAAGUUUUGAGACUAAGGUCCGUUACCUAAAGGACAACAGCUUUGGAGGAGCGUUCGUCUGGGCUCUGGACCUGGACGACUUUGAUGGACAGUUCUGUGGACAAGGACGUUACGUCCUCAUCAGCUAUCUUCGCUCUCUUUUGGGUUCAGAUCUUCCUCCUCUUCCCGCUACAGAAACCCCGUCGAUAAAAGUGACCACGACCGGGGACCAACCACACGGGACAGUUCCUCCCAGACCUUUAAUCCCCACACCCCCCACAAGUCCAGAAAACUUCUGUGCUACAAAGACUGGGGGCGUUUAUGCCAAACCAGAUGCGCCAGGUUCUUUUUACAGCUGUGCCAACGGCAUCACCUGGAUCCUCAACUGCCCCACUAAUUUAGUCUUUCGCGAUAGCUGCAAAUGCUGUGACUGGCCCGAGCAGCUCGCACAUUGAUAAACGUCCAACAUGCUGUGGUGAUUAACAGUGAAGUUCAAAAAUAAAUGAAUUAAAAAUCAGACAGAAACAUCUCAGCAUGACAUUUAAAGAAGAAGCUGUAAUGUUCUCACUCAGUCAGCAGGUAGUGCUCUGGGAUCUGUGCUGAACACAGUUUAACGACGAGGUCAAGUGAUUCCACACUUACACUCAACUCUAUAACUCGUGUGUGUGUCCUGUGUCUCACUACGCGUCUGGAGUCCGUGGUUUUACUUCCGCCCAUCAGGGGCCAUCGUCGUCCUUUGCAUUAAUUCUUUUUUUUUUUACCAGAACAUAUCGUGUGUGAUAUUGAGGAGAUUAGGGGCAAGUGUAAAGAAAAAUGGUCUGUUGACAUAUACAACAAUCACAAGCUUAUUGUCUCAUGAAUAAUAGUUAAAAAAUGUAUGUGAAGUAUAAUUUAAACAAAAAUUGAAAUCAGUUUAUUGAAAUUCAGAAUGAUGGUUAUUAUUAUUUCUUUUUUAAAUUGUUAUGUCAAUGAGGACUGACCUUUUAGUAAAAUGUCAGGGACUGAUGAUUCGUCUAGUUUGCAGGUUAUGGCUUAAUGGGAGCAGGAAGUUCAAAUAUUUGGGGAAUCUUUGAAAUCCGUAUGUAACAGCUUUUGUUUAUUUGACUCCUAACACAGUUGCGUCCUAAUGUAAAUAAAUGAAUAUUUAUGUCCACCACA